UGCUGCUGUUGCGGUUGCGGUGCGGGCUCACUCACUCGCCCUCCCUCGUCGGGCCGCCACGGCCAGGCAAACGUAGCAGGCAGCACCUCUUCCCUUCCCCAAUCCCCACCGAGAGCCAAGCAAGCAAAGCCAAGGGAUCGAAUGGCUCCUCCCCUCUUCGCCGCCUCCCUCCUCCCCCUUCUGUCUCCCCACCCUACCUCCGCCGCCCGCCUAGCCCACGGCCUCAGCUCCCGCCCCCUGCGCCUCGGCCCUCGUCUCCGCCGCACGCCGGGGGCCGCAGGGCGGGGCCUCGAGGGGGGUAUCCCCGACGAGUGGGGCGAGCGCUCUCCGCCCGGGCCGCCCGAGCCCCCCUCGCAGCCGGACCCGCCCAUCGACGACGACGAGUGGGGCCGCGACGCCGCCUCGGGGAACUCGCGCCCCAUCGUCGUCGACGAGUGGGGCGAGCCGGGGGCACCCGAGCCCGAGCCGCCCUCCGCCGCGGACCCGCCUAGCCCUGCCGACGACGACGAAUGGGGAAAGGAGCCGGAGCCGGCGGCUGCGGAGGGGGCCGAUUCAAAGGAGGAUGAGGUGGCGGAGGGGAGGGAGGAGCUGAAGCGGUGCUUGGUAGACACGGUGUACGGCUCAGAGCUGGGGUUCCGGGCGUCCACGGAGGUCAGGGGGGAGAUCGUCGAGCUCGUCACCCAGCUCGAGGCCGCCAACCCCACGCCUGCGCCCGUCGAGGCGCCAGACCUCCUCGACGGCAACUGGAUCCUCAUAUAUACAGCAUAUUCUGAGCUUCUGCCUAUUCUAGCUGCUGGGGCAACACCUUUUGUCAAAGUAAAGCAGAUAUCCCAGGAAAUUGACUCUAAAAGCAUGACGAUAGGCAAUGCUUCAACCCUUUCGACUCCAUUCGCUUCGUUUUCAUUCAGUGCAACUGCCUCUUUUGAGGUCCAAAGUCCAUCAAGGAUAGAGGUGCAAUUCAAGGAAGGGAGCUUUCUGCCUCCCGCAAUAUCAUCAUCAGUAGAUCUUCCUGAACAGGUUGAUAUAUUUGGGCAAAAGAUCAGCCUGGGGCCAGUCCAGCAGGUGCUGAACCCUUUGCAGCAAGCAUUUGCUAGCAUUGCAGGCACCAUUUCUGGGCAGCCACCCCUCAAGGUACCAAUUCCUGGCAACAACAGAGGCCGGUCCUGGCUCUUGACAACCUACUUGGACAAAGACUUCAGGAUCUCGAGAGGCGAUGGAGGCCUGUUCAUUCUUGCGAAAGAGGGGAGCCCUUUGCUAGAUCAACUGUAAAUCUGUAAUCUGUCACAAUGGUGAAGGAAAGUUAUCAUUAUUCAGAAGUCAGAAUUGCACAGAGCUAAAUAGAAGACAGUGUCACAUUCUGUACCUGUCUAUUAAACGAGCUUAUUGACAUCGAUAUAUGCUUUGUGAUGAGAUCUCA